AUGUGGUUCCGCUCCAAGUCCCACGCUGCUCCGUCCAGUUCUCGCAGCCGCGCCGCGAAGCACAACCUGGACUUCCUCAAUAGCCACGGGUUCGCUCCGCAGAACUCGAAGCUCAUGUCUCGUAUCGCGGAAAGCUCGUCGUUCAAUCCGUCUGGCAAGUGCGUGGUUGAGGAGGGCGAAGUCCAGGAUCAUCCAUCUCACGGCGGCGACGGGGGGGUGGGAAGAGCUGGCGGAGAAGGGGCGGAAGAGGGAGGGAGUCGCGCGGGGAUGGGCACGGAGAGAUUGGCGGAGGAAGGGAGAGCUGGCGGAGAAAGCUGUUGGGGGAGCAGGGGAGCGAGGGUGAGCAGCAGCAGUCAUGAAAAUGCGGCGGGUGUCGCGAAGGAAAUGCGCGCGCCCAGCAGCAUUGCGGAUGGCGCGGAGAGCGCAGUGGGGGGGAAGGCGACCGCGGAGGGGGCUCCCAUGAAUCGCAGUCUGACGGCGGACGCGACGGGGACGAACAUGGCGCGGGGAACGCCGAAGGACAUGGGGGACUUGAGCGCGGGUGGGGCGAGCAUGUGGGGCGCGGGGAGGGCGAGCGUGGGAGGGGCGAUCUUGAAGCGGUCGGUGAGCGACGUGCUGCUACAGGACGCGGAGAUAGACGAGAUGGACAGAGACGUGCUGCAAGAGGCGUUUUCGCGAGUGGUGGCGCUGCAGCAGCGCGUGCAGCAUUACCGCGAUCUGGGGGUGUUCCUGCUGCACAUGGUGCUCUUCACCACCAUCCUCUACCUGCAGGCCGACUCCUCCCGCUCCUACGACAUCACCGCCGCGCACUCCGUGCUCUACCCCACUGGCAUGAGUGCGGACGCAUUAAACACCUUUGCUGGCCCUGGUGACUUGUACGAGUGGCUUAACACCUCCAUCGUGCAGAACCUCUGGGCGGACCCACCUUGUGGCGACGGCACGUGCGACCGCCCCUUCCAGUUCCCCGCCUUCGGCCGCUUCGGCUGCCAAGCGGAUUGCGGCACCUUCCCCAACCUCACCUCUAUCGUAAUCAGCUUCUCCUCCCAGCUCGACGCCACCCAGGACGCUGCGGACGAACCUUCCUGGAACCUCUGCAUGGUUAACCCCAUCUCCCUCUGCUGGGGCGCCGUGCACGCGCCCCCUCCCGGCACACGCCGCUUCUCCGUCAUUGGCUCCGCCAGCAGUGUGCAGCUGGCGGCAUGGGGGGACUGCGCGAAGAGCGAGGUGGCGGGGGCGUUUGUGGACUGUGCGCGCAUGUGCGUCGUGGAGCCCUCUGCCAUCACCCCCUAUGCCGGAACUCCCUGUCCCGUGCCGGACAUAGCUUCGCUGUUCCCCAACACUCCGUGCAACACAUCAAGCUCAAGCCAAACGACUCGCAUGACCCCCACCAACCGCCGCAAGGCACUGUACCGCGGCCUCCACCACUCGCACAGCCGCGCCCUCUGGCCCGCCUCAGCUGCCAUGGGCCAGUCUGGUGCCGCCUCCCUUCCCGCUUCUGCAGCAGUGCCGCGCACUCUUGCUGCCUCUGCUGCCUCCUCUGCUGCGUCUGGCGCUGCUGCUGCCACCACAGCAUUUGCAGCAACACACAUACAUGGAGCACGGAAACUUGAAGUGACACCCAUGCAAGCACCACCAGCACCACCAGCACCACCAGCAACAGCAGCAGCAGCAGCAGCAGCGGGAACAGCAAGCACAGCAGCCACCACGGCUCCAUCCAUCUGGUUGCUCCUGGGCGCCACGGACCGGCAGCGACUGGAAGUGCUGCAGGUGGCAGUAUCACGCGCGCUCUACACCAUUGCCAAGGACCGCUGCCUCGUGGGCCUGGUCCCGAUAGUAGAGGCCACGCACGCACAGGGAGGGCCGGGCGGCAUGAGGCGGCGCAUGGUGGCGAGCCUGUGCACGAUGCUGGGAGGGCCUGUCACGGCGAUGGAGGAGUGCCGGCUGAUGGACGACGCGGGGCAGCAGGUGGUGGGAGCAGCAGACCUGUAUGUCUACCUGCAGCGCAUGCACUUGAACAAUGGCAGCAGCGGCAGCGGCGGUGGCAGCAGCGGUGGUGGUGGUGGGAGCGUGAUGCAGCAGCGCGCCGUCUCAUUGCAGCACAUGCAGCGGUUCGUGCAGACGGUGGUGGCAGCGCUGCGGUCCGUGACGCCUAUUAGUGACGACGCUGCUGCGCGCCUGCAUGUGCUGCUGCGUGCCUUUGACGAUGCCAUUGUCUCCUCCCGUGCUGUCGGCUGCUCGCAAGGAGGGGCGUGGCUGCAGUGGCGGGCGGGUGUGUCGCACAACACGACCAUCUAUGUGGGCGACAAGGUCACGUGGGUGUGGGAUGACGACCUACCUCACUCACUCCGAGUGGCGGGGAUGGGCGAGAUGAGCGACCCGUUCUUCGAGGGCUUUGGAGGGCAUCGCAUGGCGGUGUCACGGCAGCUGCCGUGCACUCCCAUGAACGUGGGCGAGACAGACGCCACCCACGACCCCCUGCCUUGCGUGCUCAGGAUGGACGACGAGGCAGCCGACUCGUUCACGUACAGCAGGGUGUUUGAUGAGCCCGCCACCAUCUACUACGAGGACGGCGCUCUGCCAGGAAACGCCUUCGCACUUUCUUCUUCCUCUUCAGCCUCCUCUGCCAGUGUUCUCACUGUUCUGCCUGCGAGGGAAAGAUCUGCCGCUGCUGUGAAUGUCACUGGCACCAGCACCAACUCGAGUAACGCUACCACCACCACUACCACCGCCGCUGCAAACACCACCACCACCACCAACACUACCAACACCACCAACGCCACCACCAACACCAAUGUGACCUUUGCGCCCAACUUCUGUGCGCCGGGGUGUCGCCUGCGGCGCCUGGCCAACGGGGUGUGCGAUGCGGCGUGUAACACGCCCACGUGUGCCUUUGACGGGGGCGACUGCGCGUGUGUCGACCCGCUCUUUGGCCCCGGCAUCUGCACCUGCCCUGCCGGCCACACCCGCCGCGACGACGGCUCAUGCUGUGUGUCAACAGCAGUGGGUAGCGAUCUCAACUUCCCCUUCUCACUGCAGCGCUAUGGCCCUAACUACCUAGAGAGCAACUAUGCCUUCGCUGCUGAGAGGGAAGUCGCCGUCAACCGCUUUGUCUCACGCCACAACCGUCUGCUGAUUGGCAUGAUGCUGCAGCAGGAACGGUGGGGCACACAAGUGUGCAGUGGACAGGGCGUGCUGCACCUGGAGGGGUGGUGCAGCAACGGCACGUCCCUGGAGCCCUACGGAGUGAACCCGCACUUCCUGCCGUCCUCGUCGCUGUACGACGGCUCUGCGGGCGCCAACAUGAGUGAGCUGGACAACGGCACCUUCGGCGUCAAGCUGCAGUUCAACGCGCAGGGCUUCCCCUACGGCUUCAUCCGCCCCACUGACUCAGUGGCGGCGUACCCGUUGGUAUUUGACGUGAAUCUGGACAACGAGGCAGCCACAAAACGCCUUCAGUACCUCGUGGAUGGCAACUACAUUGACAACGCCACGCGCUCCGUCCAAGUCAGCUUCGUAACCUUCAAUGGCGAGGCGCGCACGUUUGUGCUAACGACAGUGAAGUGCACAGUGAAUGGGGGUGGCGGCAUGACAGUGACCUUCAAGUCACAGCCAGCAGCCAUGGCCCUGUACGAUGCAUCAUCGGCGCGCAACGUUGUUCGCCUGGUGCUGGAAAUUUUAUACCUGCUUGGGCUGCUGUCGGACGUGUGGGGCGAGGUGUAUGAGAUGGUGGACCAAGCAUUCACGAGCGGCCAUGUGCUGAGCUACUUUGGCCACGUGUGGAACUGGGUUGACAUGCUCUCCAUCUCCCUGCAAGUAACUGCCGUUAUCAUCUGGGUGGUGCUGUGGCAGUGGGUGAGUGCGUUUGACGUGCAGGCGCGCUACGACAUCUACUACACGCUGCUGGAGAUGCCGCGCUACUGGGCCGUGCCCAACCCGCCCACGGGCUUCCUGCGUGCCACACAGGCCUUCAUGGAGCUUCAAAACAUCAUCACCCUGCGAGCCGUCUACUUCGCCAUGCAGGGCAUCAACCUCUUCUUCCUGAUGGUGCGGCUGCUGAAGCUGAUGGACUUCCAGCCGUACCUGGGCGUCAUCACGCGCUCGCUCGCCCUGGCCACGCCCUCGCUGCUGCACUUCUUCCUGCUCUCCUUCACCGUCUUCUCCUGCUUCAGCAUGUUCGCUUACCUUGUCUUUGGCGGCGCUCUCGAAAUGUUCUCAACGGUGCUGCAGUCCAUGUUCUCGUGCUUCCUGCUGCUGCUGAACGACAACUCGUCGGCCUACUUCUUCCAGCGCAUGGAGUCGUGGGACCUGAUCGCGGCCAUGCUCUUCUUCCUCAUGUUCAUCGUGCUCCUAGUCUUCAUCCUCCUCAACUUCCUCAUCGCAAUCAUCGUCGAUGCCUUCAUGACCGUCAAGGACGGCGAUGUCGUUGCCACCUCCAUAGUCGCUGACCUCGCACACAUCAUCAAGUACAAGUGGAACUGCUGGCGUGGCCGCUACCUGCCGUACCAUCUUAUUCUCAACCGGCUUGUGGACCUGGGCGCUAGGGAUACCAGGCCUGACGAGAGGCACCGCUUUCGAACGGUUAUCCAGUGGGUGCAAGCACGUCUACCCACCAGCCGUGGCAGCAGGCCUGAGCCGCCGCAGAUGGCCCGGUCUGAGAACCGCGCCGCGUUCCCAUCGGCCAGCAGUGCGAGUGGCAUGCGGCGGCAGCAUGCGCUGCGGGUGCGGGAGAAGUGCAUCGACGCCAUCUCGCUCUCCAUGAUCCUGCAACGCCGCCAUGACCGUGCGGGUCCCCUCAUGUCCAAUUCAUCACCCAAGCAUCGUCCUGCGGAGUGGCUGGGAGAGGGCGAGGAGGAGGCAGGCCUGGAGCAGCUGUCGCAUGCGCUGGUGGUGCAGUGCGGCGAGGUGGUCAGGCACGCCGCCCUGCCAGUCAAGGAGCCUGCGCAAAAGCUCAGUCUUACGCACAUCAAGGAGGAGUUGGAGCACAGCCAGGCAGCAGUGGAGGAGCUGAGGGACGUGGUGAUGGGGCUGCAGGGCCUCAUCGUGCAACUGUUCGACCGCACACUUCCUGCCACUGGCGCAGGUGCUGCUGUCACGGGCAUGUCAGCCCAAUCCAUGCCGCAUGAUGGGAUGCAGCUCUCGCCCUCGCUGCAGGCGCCGCCGGCUCACUCAUUCGGGAGGCAGCAGCAGCGGGCACUGGGGCAAGCGCUGAGCGUGGGGAGGUAG